AUCAACUCAGGGGUAAUUUGUCUUUGUUGAACGAUUAUGGUAAACUUUGUCCUAAUUGAUCAUCCUACACAAAGGCAAAUUACCUGCAAUAAAGCACGAACCUCGUAUAUUGAUGAAACAGUCUGAUCGAAUUGACAAUUGGUAUUACACAGCUGCAGUGUAUGAGAAACAGCAUCUUAUGGUGCAUACAGUCAUUUGUUUAUCCACCUUGUCUGAUCCAUGAGCAUACAUUGAUGUCAAUUGUAUGAGAGUGUAAAUUGCGCUCUUGCAGAUCAACUACUUUCUUCGCCAUCAUCACUAAAAUUUCCCUCCCUUCAUCCUCGCCACUUCACGACUUUAUUUACGACUUUCUAACGAUUUUAUCAUUUUAACGAAUUCAAGAUUAACGACUUAUACCCCUUUUCUCACACAAUCAACAUCACCCAACAAUGUGGUGCGACAAUUGUCUAUUGAUUUUCCCACUAAAACAUGGAGCGAUUGCAUGGGACGUUUUCAUUGCAGCGUACAAUUUAGCCGGAGCAAUUCUAUUAUUCAGAGAUGGACAAUAUCUAUUUUUCGAUUAUCCCGAAUGGCAAAUUUAUGGUGGAAUUGGGAUGGCGGUAAUGUCAAUUUGCGUGAUUAAUAUAAUCGGUUUAAGUAAUUCUUCCUAUAUGUGGAUAAGAGUUUGCUUUUUCAUUUGGCCGAUAAUUUUACUCACAGUUGCCGUUCGUGCUGGAGUGAUGAUCUUUCAAUUAGACAGACAACAAGGAAAAAUUAUUUGGGAAUGCAAUAAUGGUGGUCAAUUAUGGGGUGAAUCAGCUGCAAUGGGUUACAGUAAUGGCUCAAGUAUGCCUUCUGGGAUUUGUUCGGCAGGCUUUCAUAGCCUUUAUAUCGCCUUUGUUCUUGCUUUGGUGAUCGAUUUCGGAUUACAGCUUUACGCAUACUUUAUGUGUUGGCGAUUCAUGAAACGUAUCGAGCAUUAUUAUUGUCUUCCAAUGAGUGAUAAACGUGAGUACCGAUUUGGGUGAGAUUGCGUGUAUUGACACUGACACUCUUUCUUUUGCAGAGAUGUAUCACAUGUAAACAAACUUUUCCGAUUGGCAAUCACACGGACCCUUUUUUUCAUCUUUUCAUCAACAAGAAGCCCAUCAAAUCAAGCUCUUGUCUUCAAUUCGA